AUGCUAGACAUGCCCGUACCCAUCUCGCCCUUCGACGUCCCUCUCACCCCCAUCCUCGACAUCACGUCUCCCCGCCCUCCCUCAUCUGACUCAACGCCGUCGAUCUCUACUAUUAUCAACCAUGCUCACCCUGAGCCGUGGCCUAUGCCGCCUAUCACGCGCCCGGGAGCGCUCAGAGUCGACUGCGGAGAACAGUCCUCGAAGGUCAAGCUCGGCGAAGGAGACGAAAUAGCGCCGCGUGAGAUGCUUGGUCUUCCUCCUGUGCGUACAAGCGCGCCAGGCCCAAUCGUCAGCCUUUCGUCCGACACGAUGUCGCCGCCCGUCCUCAGACGCGCUCAGUCGUUCCAUUUCGUCGACGAGGAGAAUAAGCCCCACACGCUGCGUCGUCGGCGUGGACAGAUGUUCGGAAGCGAGAGUACGAGCGAGGAGCCCGAGCCUCGCGCACAUCAUGCGAGACCUGUCGGAGGUGUUGAUGCAAAGGAGCUGAUGAAGCUGUUGAAGAUCAAGAUUCCUGAGAGGGAGGUGCGGACUCCGGGAGGUGGCGGGUCAGAGGAGGGGAUGAAGAUGUUGAGGAGGACCGUAGAGCAAAAUGAGUUUGAUAUACAGUUCUUGGGCAGCGUAAUCAUUCUGCUGUGCGUAUUGCUCGCCGGACUGGUUGCGCUGCUUGCGGCGGAAGCAUAG